CUCUUAACCUUUGGUGAAGAUAGUGACCCAGGAUGGCCGCAAAUAAGCCCAAGGGUCAGAAUUCGUUGGCCUUACACAAAGUCAUCAUGGUGGGCAGCGGUGGUGUAGGCAAGUCUGCUCUGACUCUGCAGUUCAUGUAUGACGAGUUCGUGGAGGACUAUGAGCCGACCAAAGCAGAUAGCUAUCGGAAGAAGGUGGUGCUGGAUGGAGAGGAAGUACAGAUUGAUAUCUUGGACACUGCAGGGCAGGAGGACUAUGCUGCAAUUCGAGACAACUACUUUCGGAGUGGGGAAGGUUUCCUUUGUGUCUUUUCCAUCACCGAAAUGGAAUCCUUUGCAGCUACCGCUGACUUCAGGGAGCAAAUUUUAAGAGUAAAAGAAGAUGAAAAUGUCCCAUUUCUGCUGGUCGGUAACAAAUCAGACUUAGAAGAUAAAAGGCAGGUUUCUGUAGAAGAAGCAAAGAGCCGAGCGGAUCAGUGGAAUGUUAACUAUGUGGAAACAUCUGCUAAAACCCGAGCUAAUGUUGACAAGGUAUUUUUUGACUUAAUGAGGGAAAUUCGAGCCAGAAAAAUGGAAGACAGCAAAGAAAAGAAUGGAAAAAAGAAGAGGAAAAGUUUAGCCAAGAGAAUCAGAGAAAGAUGCUGCAUUUUAUAAUCAAAGCCCAACUCCUUUCUUAUCUUGACCAUACUAAUAAAUAUAAUUUAUAAGCAUUGCCA